CUGCAAAUUUUCAAGUCAGAUCUUAUUACUGUCUCUACUGCUAAUAAUCAAAAAGUUAAUUCCUUGGGUUAUUUUGACUUACCUAUUCAUUUCAAUAAUCAAACUCAUUUAAUUAAAGCUUACGUUUUCCCUGAAAUAUUUCCUUCGCUAAUAUUAGGUAUUGACUUUUGGAGAAAAUUUAAUCUCUUACCUAGUGUUUUAUCUUCUCUUAACUUUACAGAAUCUAAAUGUUCUGCUAUCGAAACUAAAGAUACUAAAGUUUUACCUUAUGAGCAUUUAACUCCUAAUCAAAAGAACAUCGCUAAUGACAUCAUCCAACGCUUCAAGACAAUUUCUUUUGAAGAAAAAGGUAUCCUGGGAUGCACACACUUAAUCACCUACAAGAUUGACACUGGUGAUUCUCUUCCAAUCAAACAAAGAUGUUACAGACUGUCUCCUGAAAAACAAAAGGCGUUAAUUAAUGAAGUUGACAAGAUGCUGCGAUGGAACGUCAUUGAACAAUGCGAAAGUCCUUGGUUAUCUCCAGUUCUCAUCACUCCGAAGAAGAAUGGUGAAUGGCGUUUCUGCGUAGACAGCAGGAAGCUUAACUCAGUUACACGUCGUGAUGCUUAUAGUCUGCCACUAAUAAGCGAAAUUUUGGACAACUUGAGGAAUGCCAAAUACUUAUCAAGCAUCGACAUUGCGAAAGCAUUUUGGGAGAUUCCCUUGAAUCCUGCCGAUAAGGAUAAAACUGCAUUUUAUGUACCUGGAAGAGGUAUGUUUAGAUUCAAGGUAAUGCCUUUUGGUCUUUCUAACUCACCUGCAACUCUACAAAGAUUAAUGGAUAUGCUUUUUACUCCUGAAUUUGAGAACAAGGUAUUUUGCUAUCUGGACGACAUCGUUAUCAUUAGCGAGACUUUUGAUGAACACAUAUCACUCCUUAUGAAAGUUCAUGAAAAACUUUCAUAUGCUAAUCUGACUAUUAACUUUGAGAAGAGUCAAUUCUUCAGGAAAGAACUGAAAUACCUUGGUUUUCUAGUGGACGAGUACGGUCUAAGUGCUGAUCCAGAUAAAAUAAAAGCUAUAUUAGAAUAUCCUGUACCUAUUUGUAGAAAAGAAGUGCGAAGAUUCAUAGGCACCUGCAGCUGGUUCAGAAGAUUCAUUACAAACUUUAGCACUAUUGCCUCUCCACUCAAUCAACUAACCAGUUCCGGGAAGAACGCUCCUAAAUUUCUUUGGAAUUCACAAGCUGCAGCUGCUUUCCAGAAACUUAAAGAAGCUUUGGUAACUGCUCCUGUCCUUGCUUGUCCUAACUUCGAACUACCCUUCUCUGUACAUUGUGAUGCAUCAAACUAUGGCAUAGGAGCAAUACUUACUCAACAUCAAGAUAACAAAGAAGUCGUGAUUGCUUACAUGAGUAAAGCACUAAACAAAAAUCAACAGAACUACUCAACUACUGAAAGAGAAACAUUGGCUGUAAUAACUGCGUUAGAACAUUGGCGAUGUUACCUAGACAAUGGUAAAGAAUUUACAAUAUAUACUGACCAUGCUGCACUUAAAUGGCUUCAAAACUUAUCGAAUCCAUCAGGAAGACUUGCUCGCUGGACUUUACGCUUAUCUUGUUUUAACUUCGUCCUGAAAAAUAAAAAAGGAAAGGAUAACGUUGUUCCAGAUUUAUUAUCAAGACAUAAGAAUCAAGAACGUCCUGAUACACGAGAAAUUUCACCUCAAGGCGUACAUCCUAUUACGAUUGAAGAACCACCUGAUCGUAAACUUGAGCACUACAACAAGAUUUUUCUCGGAUGCUCCAACAACCCAGACUCAUAUCCCAACUACACUAUCAGGGAUAACAAACUUUACCGCUGCAUCCAUUCUCCCGAUCGUCUAAACGAUGACUUUGUUUGGAAAGAAGUUCUACUACCUCAAGAUAGACAUGCAAUUAUUGAAGUUAACCAUGGUUCCCCUUCAGAACUCCAUCUUGGUAUCUUCAAGACAUUCAAGAAAAUAUCUUUAAAAUGCUAUUGGCCUGGUAUGUUUAAGGAUAUUGCCAAUUUAAUCUCAACUUGUGAAACCUGCUUAACCUACAAACACCCUAAUCAUUCUCCCUAUGGUCUUAUGGGUAAACCUAAACUUUGCUCCAGACCUUUUCAAACUAUAUCCUUAGAUCUUAUGGGUCCAUUGCCUAUGACUCGAAGACGAAAUCAGUAUAUUCUAGUAAUUAACUGCAAUUUUACUAAAUAUACUAUGAUUUUUCCCCUUAAACGUGCUACUUCAGCUAAUAUUAUUAAUGUUUUGGAAAAUUCAGUUUUUCUAGUUCAUGGCAUUCCCCAAACUAUUAUAAUGGACAAUGCUGUUCAAUUUCAGUCGCGAGAAUUCCACUCAUUCUUAAAUUCUUAUAACGUUCCUUUUAUUUUUCACACAGCUUUAUAUUGUCCUCAGGUUAAUCCUACGGAGAAGUUUAAUAGUACAAUUAUUACAGCUCUAGCAUCUCUAGUAGGAGACGAUCAUAGAUCAUGGGACAACCAUCUUACUAUAAUUCAGUACGCAAUGAACAGCGCUACAAAUGUAGCUACUGGCUUUACUCCAAACUUUUUAGUCUUUGGUAGGGAAACAAUACCUUGUGGUUCCUUCUAUACUCCAACUCAGAACCUCGAGGAAUUAAUAUUUAUGCCUCGUGAUAUUUACGCGUCUAAUGCUGGUCUCCUCUCAUCUAUCUUUCACAAAGUUCAAACUAAACUUCACAUAGCGCACGCUAAAAAUAGCGCUCGCUAUGAUCUUCGCCGGGCUUUUAAAGAAUUUAAUGUGGGAGAUACUGUUUGGCGUAAAAACCAUGUUUUAAGCAAUGCCGGCGCAUACUUUAAUGCUAAACUUGCCCCUAAGUUCAUCAAGUGCAAAGUGAUAGCUAAACUGUCACCACUAGUCUAUGUGCUUGAAGACCCUAAUGGAGUUAGAGGCAAGUGGCACAUCAAAGAUGUAAAAUCAUAA